AUGUCUACCCCUUCAACGGCUACCGCGACACACCCGCACCAUCAGCAACACUACGCAUACCCUCAUCAUCAACCUUACCAGCCAACCCCAUCCUACCCAACCACGUCCGCUGCAGGCACUGCUCGCCUCGUCACCUCCGCCUAUCCCUAUACUGUCAACCCCCCGACUACCUCUCUCCCUUUCGUUCAAUCUCCUAAGACAAUACCCACGGCUCCCACGCCCUCUAUGCCGCCUGCGCAGAACCCCAUGAACGCUGUAUCAGCCGCUCAAAAUGGUCGGAGGAGGAAGCCUAACUGGGGCGAAUUCUACAAGAACGGCAUACCCAAGGAAGUCAUCGUGAUCGAUGACACGCCGCCUCCAGAGCAGUCCCAGGCCGCUUCGCGCAAUCCGGCGACGGCUUACAUCAACGCACCCAAUGGUGCAGCGCCCCAACCGGCCAGCAAGAAGCGGCGCACCGGCCCCGACACGACUUACGAUCUUGCAACCUAUGAUCGACCCUCGUUCUCGAUCAACCCCCAACAGUAUGGCGAAGAGUCCUCGGCUGAGUCUCUCUCCACCGACCGAACAACAUCUCUACAUACUACCGCGCCCACCUCCCUGUCUCAGGGAAGUACGGGGGCUAGCAACGGGUUAUAUUAUGAAGACGCCAACACAGGCCAAAAACGCAAGCGAGUGACCACCCGGAAGUCUGCUCGUGAUGAGCAGAAAAAGAAGGAGUUGGAGGCCGCUGGUGAUGCGUUCUUGAGUUACGUCCCGCCUCCGAAGCCCAUCAUCAAGGCGAAGGAUGUGCCGGUUCCGGUGAUUCGCGAUUAUGGAAACAGAGGCGAGAAGUAUGAUGACGACGAUGGCCACUACAUUGUAACGCCAAAUGUUCCAUUGACCGAUCGAUACUCGAUCGUCAAACUACUGGGACAAGGUACAUUCGGGAAGGUGGUCGAGGCGUACGACAAGACCCGCAAGACCCGCUGUGCGGUCAAGAUCAUCCGCUCCAUUCAGAAAUAUCGCGAUGCCUCGCGGAUCGAGCUGCGAGUCUUGUCCACCUUGGCCUCGAAUGAUAAAGCCAAUCGGAACAAGUGCAUUCACCUACGGGAUUGCUUCGAUUUCCGCAACCACAUCUGCAUUGUGACAGAUCUGCUGGGACAGAGUGUUUUUGAUUUCCUCAAGGGAAAUGCCUUCGUGCCGUUUCCCAGCAGUCAGAUUCAAAAUUUUGCCCGGCAACUGUUCACCAGUGUUGCUUUUCUCCAUGACCUCAACCUCAUCCACACCGAUCUCAAACCCGAGAACAUCCUGCUUGUUAGCAGUGCAUACCAGACCUUCACAUAUAACCGUACCAUUCCCUCAUCCUCCUGCGCGAUUUCACGGAGCGCCCGGCAGAGACGUGUCUUGCUAGAUAGCGAGAUCCGGUUGAUCGACUUCGGGUCGGCCACCUUCGAUGAUGAGUACCACUCGUCGGUGGUCUCCACUCGACACUACCGGGCUCCCGAGAUUAUCUUGAACCUGGGCUGGAGUUUCCCCUGCGAUAUUUGGAGUAUCGGAUGUAUCCUUGUGGAAUUCUUCACGGGAGAUGCUCUGUUCCAAACUCAUGACAAUCUCGAACAUCUGGCCAUGAUGGAGGCCGUCAUCGGGGAGCGAAUCGACACGCGGCUUGUCCGGCAAGUGAUGCAGGGUGGUCGGAGUGGAAGCCAAAACCAGGCUGCAAAGUACUUCUGCCGCCUACGCCUUGAAUAUCCCAAUGACCAGACGACACGGGCUUCACGAAAGUACGUCCGGGCGAUGAAACAGCUCAUUGAGUUUAUCCCAAGCAAUACCAAGUUCCAUCGACUGUUCCUGGAUUUGUUGCAAAAGAUCUUUGUGUAUGAUCCGAAGAACCGGAUAACCGCCAAGGAAGCCUUGAAGCACCCCUGGUUCAAAGAGUCGUUGGUGGAUGACGGUACAGAGGCUCUCCGCAUCGGGGAACAAUUACAACGUACCGGCCAACGUCGCCAGUGA